AUGGGCACCACGGUCUUAGUGAUGAUGGUGUCCCUCUCAGCAUUAGAGAGGCAGAUCUUUGACUUCCUCGGCUUCCAGUGGGCGCCCAUCCUUGGAAAUUUUCUACAUAUAAUAGUCGUCAUAUUGGGUCUAUUUGGAACCAUUCAGUACAGACCUCGCUAUAUCGUGGUGUAUACAGUAUGGACUGCCCUCUGGGUCACCUGGAAUGUUUUCAUUAUCUGCUUCUAUUUGGAAGUAGGUGGGCUCUCUAAGGAUACAGAUCUAAUGACAUUCAACAUCUCUGUACACCGGUCGUGGUGGCGGGAACACGGGCCUGGCUGUGUCCGAAGAGUGCUGCCCCCGUCAGCCCACGGCAUGAUGGACGAUUACACGUAUGUCUCCGUCACUGGCUGCAUCGUCGACUUCCAGUACCUGGAGGUCAUCCACAGUGCCGUCCAAAUACUACUCUCUUUGGUUGGUUUUGUGUAUGCCUGUUAUGUGAUCAGUAUUUUCGUGGAAGAAGAGGACACCUUUGAUUUCAUAGGUGGACUUGAUGCACACUCCUACUACCAGGAUCAUGUUGAGUUAAAGCCUGUUCAUCUGUCGAAAUAAGUAAUGACUGCUGACUCUGAAAAUGCGGCUGCUGAACUUGACUUAGGAAGCAAAGCACCAAUGACAGCACCUCUCUGCAUUGACACGUCUCACUUUCUUCCAGAGGAUGGACUGCACCUCCCCACUUUCCCACGAAUCACAGAGUUCUCCAGGCACGGCCUAAGUGUUAUUAGCAUUGUUCGCUAGAUGAGUUGUAGGUGCUUGGGUGGGUGUUUUUCUAGUCAUUUCCUUCUUACAUGAAUACUUGUAAAUUGUACCCCAAAACUGGUUUUUAAUCUUUUAACAAUAUUUAAUGUGAGGCAUGCAAAAUGAAAAACAUUCUGUGAAAGCUUUCCACAGUCAAUUCUAAGAGAAAUGUGGCUUUGUGUAGUUGAGAUGUCAAGUCCCCAUUGCUGACUGCGGUGAUCUCAGGCCUGACGGGAGUUCUCACAGAGGAUGUUACCCGGGGUUCCUCGGCAGGAAGUUAGAUGCGGUGACAGAUGAUAAAUGGGUACAGAUAGUGGAUGGGGCUUUCAGACUGAGUACAGAUCAUUUUUUCAACACCACAGACAAAACAGAGAGUCCUCCUUUGUUCUCGACUUUCCAAAACCCAGAAUCAUAUUAUGGCAAUCUAAAUGUUCAGAUGCUUGCAUAAUAUCUCGUUCUUCCUAUGUUCUGAAAAAAUAUAUAUCACGGGCGUAUGAAAGAGUGAAAUGACCAGUAGAACACCUUUCCCAUUUGGAGGGAAUCUGGUAUCUCUGAGGUUCAGAUUUUCUACCCUUUCUCCCAGUUCUGACACUGGCGUCAGACCUAAAUAUACAGCUUAUAGGUUUAUGGGACAGAAAUCACAACCAUAAAUCUGUGAUCAGGAAUGUUGCUUUUAAGAUAUUCCAAAAAGUAUUAAAAUAGUGUGGAAUUCUCUAUAAUACUUCUAAAGAAGAUGUUUAUAUUUGUUCUGAAUCAACUUUUCUUUCUCCUACCCCAUCCCAAGAACCAAGAAAGUAAUAUGGGAAACAAUAUUCCAUGGGAAAAGGACUGUUGAAAACAUAUCACAGUUUUUUCCUUCAUAUCUUUCAAUUAUUAUUUCCCAUAUCAAAAUAAGCUUUGCUCACUUUGUGUAACAACUAAGAUGAGGCCUCCUAUAGGGCCCGAAAUUGUGUCUACGUGCAGUAUUUAAUCCAGAAGUUAACUUGGCCCAUACAUCUCUAAGUCAGUCUACAAACCAUCUUAAAUUGUGUCCAACUUUUUGUAUGUGUGUAGAGGUUUUUAUUUUCCUUCUUCUCCUUUGAAGCCCAUGUAUUUUAUAAGAUUCUUUUAAGAAUCAGAAUUUAUGCAAUAAAGUUGGCCCUGGUUCCUUCCAGUUCAUGACAGACACCGUGGGCUUUCCGGAGGUCUGUUGUACUCACAGCCUCUGGGCUGUGCCCUGUCAGUCAGCUGACACUCACUGAAUCCCAUCACUUUUCAUUCCACUGAAUAAACCCAAAUUCAAAAUGAAGAGGAGAUAGCAGGGACUGGGGAGAAGGGCCAGUCCACGCCGACUUGUACAGUUGGGGGCUGGAGCCUAGGGGAUUUGAUGAUUUGUCCGAAGCCCUGCUGUAUACAGAGGGCACAGGCUAUGACUGGAGGAAGGAGAAGCCGGAGGGCAAAAGGGGGGGAAGGUUGGGUCCCCAGCCCACCACUGUGGUCUUGGGCAGUGUUAGACAUCUCGGUCCUGGAGAUUUCCUCAUCUGUAAAGUAGAACAACAAUCCCUACCUCCCAAGGGUAAGGUGAGGAUUAGCUGAAAAUAUAAAAAAUACUGUGUAAACUGUGAAGCAUGCCACAAUUGAAAGAGGCAGUUACCACUGUCAUGUCAGAACAAGUUGCAUCCUGUCCGGAGCUCUUGUUACCCAUUCAAGUGCUGUGCAAAGCCCAUGCAAACCCCAAACUCUUCCAAGUUUUCUAAAAAGUAGCUUGAAAAACUUGCCCAUAUUUAAGAGAUUAGAAAUAGUAUACACUAAACACUGCAUUUCUUAAUUUUAAAAUAACUUUUACAUUCAAAGUCCAAGACGAAUACAUAUUAUUAUGGAGAAAACUAAUAGCAUAUAAAAAAUGUAGAAAAUGAGUAAGACAGAAGAGUAAAAAUAACAUUUAAAUAUUUUAAACUGUCAUUUCAUUACACACACACACACACACACACACGCAUGCACAAACAAAACACAGUAAACUUCACAAAACAGUACCACACUAACUAGUGUUGCUGUUUCACCUUCGUAUAAAUCUGAACAUACUUCUACAAUGCACUGCAGAGUCCUAGAUCUUGUCUAACUGCAGAGUUGAGGAGGAAAUCCUCACAUUAGUGAUCUUUCUAUGGAUAUUCAAUAUAGGCAACUACUUAAUAUGGUACGUGUGUUUUUAGUUUUUAAUCUUUCUUCAUUUAAGUUAUAACUGUUUCAAUCCCCAAUCCCAGCAAUCCAUAAUGGUAAUUCUAAAGUUCCAGAAAAUUUGCCACUCAUCAGAAACAAGUCAGAUAGAUGUCCCAUCUCCCCUCCCUCCCGCUGGGCCCCUCCCUGCCUCUCCUCUUCCCGGCCAGUCUUUAGAGGUUCUGCUUACUUAAGACCAAGGGACGAAAAGAAGCACAGGCUUGUGCGGUAACACUCAGCAGCCACCCCUUGAUCCGGGUAAUUCCAACACAGCACCGUCCAGCUUGCUGCCUCUUAGCAGUGAGCGUUUCCAGGUUUUGCAGCUUUUGCCUCCUGUUUUAGGGAAGGUACGCUGCACCGUGCAUCACGCAGCAGGGUUUUCGACAAAAACAUGUUCACUCUAUCUACACUCUUGCUGAAUCUUGGCUUCUCUGUAUGCAAAGUGUGUGUCUGGUCAGAGCGACGCGUAUAUUUAGCCUGUAUUCAUGUGCUACCAUCUCCUCAUCCAAAAGAUGGUCCAACUCCAGGUUCCAGCGCUCUCCUCAGAAGCUGUCUCGAUUUACCUGGAGAUGCGUCCCCCAGUGCCCAUGAGCCCCUAGU